UCGUCAUAAAAUCGGAUUAGAACAUUAAAACUAUUUCUUAUUUUUAUUACUUAAGUGUAGCUAUAGUAAAAAUCUGGAUAGGGUAUUGGGGUUUUUCCUAACAUUCCAAAAGGGAAGUCCCAAUGUCCUUUCAUCUCCGACAUAUAUAUAUACAUAUAUACAUACAUAUAUACAUAAUUAAAUUUUGUUUACGUUUAUCGUCUCGUCUCAUUGGAUAGACUGUGUGUGUGUGUGUGUGUAUGUUGUGUGCAUACUAUAUCUUUAUCUUCAUGCCAUUAUCUGUAUGAGUUUGUAGGGACACUCCCCACUUUGCCGCCAGAUGGUUGUUGAUUCGAUGACAAAAGAACUCUCUCAUUAAUGCUCUGGCAACAAGCACCAUCUACAAAUACAAUUUUGCUAGGGUAAAGCCUGAUGAACCCUCUAAUAGUUUUUGGACGAAAACACUCUCGCUUCUACAUUAUCCUUAAUUGUUCUAUGCAUUAUCCCUUUUUGCUAUUCAAAAUUUACCGCAAGAUGUCGUUUCUAUGUGUUUAUGUAUAGUUUAUUUUUAUGGGAAUCAGAAAAUUCAGUCAAGAAUUUUGGAUCGGUUUCUAUAUCACGUGACUCUAUUGUGUAUUAUCUUCCUACGCUUAUAGACAAUAUAAAGCAAAGCGUUGUAAACAAUAAAGAAGCAAAUAUAAUUAAAAAAGCAAAUGCAUUACUCAACCCUUCUUAAUUUGUUUUUUUUAUGAAAGAAUAACUUUGGACGAUGGAAGGUUCAAAAGUAGGAAAAAGGACAAUAUUGGAUGAUUCAGCUGAAAAUCUACACGCACCUACUUUAAUAAGAAUUAGUAAUCAGAAUUACAUUCCUCAUAAUAUUCACAUUGAUAAACAUGAGUUUAGAAUAGGUCGUGCAAGAGAUAACGACGAAAUCAUUUUGAAUGCAGUAAUAUCUAGAAAGCAUUGUAUUUUAAGAUAUAAAGAAAACGAGUGGACUAUUAAAGACGUAAGUUCUUCUGCUACAUUUGUUAAUAAUAUUCCGAUAGUAUUUGGUCAAAGUCAAAGAAUCUAUGAGGGAGAUGUUAUACAAUUUAGUGAAUCUGAAGAAUUUAAAUAUCUAUUUACCCUUGAUGUUAAAUAUAAACACAAAGUUAAAAAGCCUAAGCUAGAUGAACAGGUAUUAGACAAUGUUCUUGUAAAACGGAAAACAUUUGUAGAAAAUCAUGAAUGUCAAAAAAAAGUUCUUAAAGACAGAUUACAAAUAAAACAAAAGGAACAAGAUAAACUAAAACAGCAAUUAGAGCAGCAAUUUGAAAAGAAAUUGAAUGAAGAGAAACAAAAGUGGCAAAAAGCAUUAAGUGUAAGUAAGCUUGAGAAAGGAAUGUUGAAAAUGAAAAUGAAAGAGCAAAUGGAAAAGUGGAGAGAAGAACAACAAACUAAGUGGAAAAAUGUGAUGGAGAAUAGAGUUAAAGAAGAAAAAAGUAUACAAGCUCAACUGUUAAAUGAAAAGUUAGUUUUAGAGGAGAAAUUAAAAAUAGCAGAAAGGGCUUUAAAAGAACAAGAAGCUAAAGUAGGAACAGUAGAAAAUAAUGUUGCAGGGUCUUCCAAAAAUUUCAGUGAUAGUUGCAUAUGUUUAGAAAGUAUGGAUAAUCCUUCAGAAUAUCAAAUUAUAGAUACAAUAGAUUUAACAAAUACUACUCAGCUUACUAUAAACACUGAAGAAGAAGAAAGUGUACUUAAUAAAGUUAAUGAUAUAAUGGAUGAGCAACUAACUUGUAGUAUAUGUUCAGAAUUAUUUGUGAAAGCAACAACAUUAAAUUGUAUGCAUACAUUUUGUCAUCAUUGUAUACACCUAUGGAUCAAAAAGAAAAAAGAAUGUCCAGUCUGUAGAGCACCAGUAUCAUCAAUGAAUAUAUCAAUAGCUAUAGAUAAUUUUAUUGAAAGUAUUUUAGAAAAUUUAUCUACUCAAUUGAAAGAAAGAAGAAUAAGAAUUAUAAAAGAAAGACAAGCAUUGGAGCGCAAGAGAAAAGAUCAUUGUAAAACUGCUGUGAGAAGAAAAUAAAAUUUAGUUUGAUAUAUUA